AUGGGGCCUCCCAUCGAGAUCAAAUCGUGGACCAAAAUCCUCCAAUACUGGGCGAAAGGAGAUCCUCAGGCUCGGGAAACGACGAAACGCCUUAUGAGACAUCGGCUGAACGGCUACACUGCUGUCACCGACGCGCCCUGCUCACAACUCGUUCCGGAACUGCUCGAAAUAUACCCCGACGCAAAAGUGAUCUGUAACGUCCGAGAUCCAGAAGCGUGGGCAAAGAGCUUGGCUCAAAUUUGGAGUUUGGCCCUCAUGUGGUUCCUCCGCGGCGUCCUCCUUCCAUUGCCUAGCAUGCGACACUUCCCUAGCUACAUUUCUCUGCUUUCUGUUCAAUGGAGGAAUCUGUACGGGCAAAACUCCGAAGACCAUGGGGUCAACACAUAUAAACGCCUGGGGUAA